AGUUUGUUACCAGAGCAGCUUAACUGCUGGCUCUGAUAGACCUGAGGGCAGGACUGCCUGCAACAUGGAGCGAGAGCCGAUGCGCAUAAGGGAGGGCUACUUGGUUAAGAAGGGUAGCAUGUUUAAUACCUGGAAGCCAAUGUGGGUUGUGCUCUUAGAAGAUGGAAUUGAAUUCUACAAGCGGAAGUCUGACAACAGCCCCAAAGGGAUGAUCCCACUAAAAGGAAGCACCAUCAACAGCCCAUGCCAAGACUUUGGCAAAAGAAUGUUUGUCUUCAAACUCACUGCAGCCAAGCAACAAGACCACUUUUUUCAAGCCUCCUACCUGGAAGAGAGAGAUGCUUGGGUACGGGAUGUCAAAAAGGCAAUUCAGUGCAUAGAUGGAGGUCAAAGAUUUGCCAGAAAAUCCACAAGAAAAUCCAUCAGACUUCCUGAAACAAUCAACUUGAGUGCUUUGUACCUCUCAAUGAAAGAUCCUGAAAAGGGAAUAAAGGAAUUGAAGCUGGAAAAAGAUAAAAAAGUGUUCAAUCACUGCUUUACAGGCACUGCUGUGAUUGACUGGCUGGUGUCUAGCAACUCCAUCCGAAAUCGCAAAGAAGGCCUCAUGCUUGCCUCCUCUCUCUUGAAUGAAGGCUACCUACAGCCUGCAGGAGAUACAUCCAAGGCUGCAGCUGAGGGACUGUCAGAUACCCCUUUCCUGGAUCUUAGUGAUGCCUAUUACUACUUUCCUGACAGUGGAUUUUUCUGUGAGGGAAAUUCUAGUGAUGAUGAUGUGGUCCUGAAAGAAGAAUUCAGAGGCAUGAUUGUCAAACAAGGAUGUUUGCUAAAACAGGGGCAUCGGAGGAAAAACUGGAAAGUGAGAAAGUUUGUUUUAAGAGAGGACCCUGCAUAUCUUCACUACUAUGAUCCUGCCGGAGGAGAAGAUCCACUAGGAGCAAUCCACUUGAGGGGCUGCGUGGUGACUGCAGUGGAAGAUAUGCCAGACUCCAAGAAGCAUGACGUUGAAAACAACCUGUUUGAAAUAAUCACAGCAAGUGAAGUCCACUAUUACUUGCAAGCAGCUUCAUCUGCAGAGCGUACAGAGUGGAUCAAAGCAAUUCAGACAGUUGCUAGGACUGGGAAAUGAAGGUGAUCCACCAGCAAGAAGGACAACUGAAACUGAUUGCUCAAAACAAAACAGGAAUUUUAGCUUUUCACUGAGAUAAAGUCAUGUCAACCAGAAAAGCCUCCUAAGGCUUGUGGGUUGGGAGGGGGGAAUAAGUUUCAGUUCUGUAGUGGGCACAACCACAACCCAAGUGGAAAGUAUCUUACUAAAUUAUAGCAUAGAAUGUUACGUUAGUGUGUGCUUCUUGUAGUACUCAGUAUGCCUUGGGAAGGUUAUACCUUAUGCCUUUCCCUGCUGCCACUGCUGAUAGCGAGGAUUUCACCAUUAAGAGCGGACAGGAUCUUGUUGCUGUCUGUACACAAGGAAAAGUCAGUAUGACUCAGCCUUUACUGUUUGAGUACCUUCUAAUAACUCAAGGGAUUCCCAAGACAAACUUCACCCUUUCUUCUUUACUAGCCCAUCUUUCUGCUGCCGUGUUCAGCUAUCCAAGUAAUGCAAUAGAGCUAAGAGCUAAUGUGAUCCACACCUUUAUAAUCCUUCAGUGUCAAGGAAAGGAAGAGUACAGACAACUGUGGUAGCACUAUGCAGAAAGCAUAGUGUGCAAAUGUACAAAUCAAUGACAGCUGUAUGAGUAUCCAUGCAGUAAAAUUCUUUGCCUGUGAUUCUUCCGAAGCAAUCUCAGUUUUUCUGUACCAACUUCAUUUUGACCUUCACUAUAUUUCUCCAAAAGAAUCUGCUCCAGAAUCAUUGUUUUGCUUCAUUUAGAUGCCAGUGCAGCUGGUGGAGUGUUGUGCACUGCUGAUUUGACCUGUAUUUGAAUUAAGAAUCUUUCAGGAAGAGGAAAAGGAUCCAUAUGUUGAUACUUGAAUUCCCAGCUGAGGUGUUGUUGAUUAGGGUCUGUCUUAACCUACAGAAAUGUACCCAAUGCUUGGCUCUGUGCUUUAAGUCAUAUUAGAGGAGCCUUAUUAGUUCUGCAAUAAGUGUUGUUUGAUGAUGUCAAGUUGCCUGAUCAAUCUUUGUUUUUUUGUCAUACUUAUGCCUCCAACCUUCAAGUCUUCAAACUGUAACUGGAGGUCAACAUGUGACAUUCUGCACGUAGCCUUUUCUUAAAAAAAAGAACUUAAAAAGAAACUUAAAAAGAUAAAUUAGAUUUCUUAUCCUUAAGAACUCUUAUUCAGGUUUCUUGAAACUAAGAAAUAAAUAUGGUUCUAAAGCUUA